CAUAGGAGUACCAGUGUGGUAGUAACUCAAAGUGAUCUGUGGUAAAAUGUUUCACAUCUUAAGUAUCCUAUAUCUGUGGUGGAAAAUAUAUAAUAAGAUGUUGUGUUCAAGUAUUGUAACCAAUACCAAAGGCGGGAUAAAAAUUAUUAAAUAAAAGCAAAUAUUAUUAGUUUUAAAAAUUAAUUUCUUAACUUAGUUAAAAUGUGUAAUAAACACAAAUCUUGUGACAGGUAAUUCUCUCAAUUCACUGUGACGAUCUGUUCAGUACUCCUACAAAUAUUAGGUGUUAACUGUUACUUAAAUUAUGAAAAUCGGUAUAAGUUGAAAAGAAAUAGUUAAAAGUCUAUGGAAAUUUAAUUGUAACUAAAAUGACUAUUUUAAAAAAAGUGUACACUCUUGUAUUUCUAAGAAAAGAUAACAAAAUAUUGCUAGGUCUGAAGAAACGAGGUUUUGGCGUAAACAAAUGGAAUGGAUUUGGCGGGAAAGUCGAGCCUAAUGAGACUAUUCUUGAAGCAGCAGUACGGGAAUUAAAAGAAGAAUCUUGUGUUGAUGUUAAAGCUAGUGAUUUGCAAAAUAUAGCUCAUUUGGAGUUUACAUUCGAAGGUGAUCCCACUAUGAUGGAUGUAAGAGUAUUUUCUGCAAAUGUUUUCCAAGGUGAACCUAAAGAAACAGAAGAAAUGAUACCUAAAUGGUUCGAACUUAAUGCAUUACCUUAUAAUGACAUGUGGCCUGAUGAUAAUAUUUGGUUUCCACUUAUGCUGAGUGGUAAAUUAUUUUAUGGAAUAUUUAAUUUUAAAGGAUUCAAUACAAUAUUAAACUACAACAUUCAAGAGUUAGAAUCUAUGGAAGCUUUCUACAAAAUACAUAAGUAAAUGGCUUUCAUUUUAACUUCUGUGUUAGAUAAUUAUGUGAUUAAAAACAAUUGUGAUAAACAAGUGUUACAUUAUUCCUCUAGGCUUUUGUAUUAUUAUGCUUUUACUAGAAUAGAAACAGUCUAAUAUAGCUAGUGUAUGUUUUAUCAUGAAAAACAUAUAUGUACUCUGGAAUUAUUAUUAUAACCCAAAUUUAUAAAUAAAGUAUCCGAAUACAACAGGUUUUGUAUAU